CAAGUUUUCAAGAAACGGGAAUGAUGUGUGCUUAUUUGGAAAUGUUAAGUGCACUUGCUACUGGUAAAGAAUGUAGUAUACAUGCUUAUGAAUUUCUUUCACGCGCUUCAGAAAGCGGAGGAUGGUGUUCUUGGCAAACUUUAUUUAAAGCUAUGGAAAGCUAUAAUAACAGUAUGAUUGAUGAAAAAGUGGAAAUUCCUAAAGAAGAAGUGCAACUUUUAAUCUCUUUCUUACGCGUUUUCCGGCAAGUCGUUAAACACUGUGCUCAAGCACGACACGAGUUCAUUAAGCGUAGUAUUUUGAAGCUUCUUUUCAAUUUGGUGUCGCAGCAUAUACCAACUGAAUUAAAGGCCGAACUUUAUUAUGCUAUUGCUGCCUUCUGUGUUCCAGAUGAUAGUUUAUUUCUUGAAUAUACUUCAAAAGUCUGGACAAUAAUUGAGGAAGAACAAAUUGUUCCAACUGUACCAAAAAAUAUUAAAAUAGGAACAACUACGGUGAUGGAACAGUCGAAUUUUCAAACGCAUGAUAUGUCAGCUAUUAGGAAAGAAAUAGAGGAGAUAGAAUCUUCUAAAAAAAUUUUCUUUCAAACGCUGGCAUUUAUUAAGCUUAUUAGCACUUUGAUCUAUGUUCCUGAACAACUCAUUGCUUUACGAUGUGGAUUUCCGGUUCGUUCACUUACCAUACCUAACCAAUUAGGGUUGGGUUAUCGAAUUCCUGGAAUCACCCCUUAUGUCAGUUUUAUAAUUGACGAUAUUUUCAUAAAAGCACCAACGAGAGAAUAUAUAUUUAACUCUCAAAAAUGGGAAAUAAUAGCAAGUUCCUUGGAAAUAAUUGAAAAAUGUUUGAUUUCUUUUGAUUUAACAGGGCAAUUAUUUGAAAAGCAUCAUUAUUUUAGAAUGAAAAAAGAGGAAGAUAAUACAUUCAAUGACGAAGACGUAGAAUAUUUAAAAAAUCACCCUGGAUAUAACAUCAUGAAAAGGCUGAUAACUAAUUCUCGACUCAUGGAAGUAAUUUUAGAAAUUAUAACUUCCGGAAAGAAUAUAUUGAUUGAUAAGUACGAAGCUUCUUCUGACAUCAUUGAGCCUCUUAUACGUUGUUUAAAAAUUCUAUGGGUUGCGCUGGAAAAGCAAGAUAGGUUUUUGAAAACCUUGGUUCCACUUGUUAAUGGCAGUAAUCCAGGAUAUCUUGAACACGCUUUUCUUUCAAAAAAAGAUAUUAUUAUAUCAAUUGCAUUAUUACUUGAUAGUGAAAAUGCUGAUGUCUGUUUUUACGCGGUUAAAAUAUUAGCUUGUCUUGCUAAGUCCACAAUAUUUAAUUCCAAAGAUAACCUUGGAACCGUUAGAGUUAAUAGAUUAUCGAGUAUAUUGGAGACUAGUCCAUUUGCAAAUGAGAUUCUUAAUAAUUUCGUAAAACGGUUAGAACUUAGGGGAGACGAUUAUUGGGAUUUUAGUGUCGACCAAAGAAACUUUGAACUUAUUCAAUUAUGUCUUAAACGUACGUCAAAACAUGACGAAGAAGAAUAUAGCGCAGAUCCAUUGUCAAAGGAAGAAAAUAUUUCACUUUCCACAGUUAGUUGUGCUAUAUUAGACUUAAUAUUGGAAAAUCUUAGACCUGGUAAAAUACAACCCACUAUUUCACAUUUUCUUCUAGGUUAUGAUAUUCGUGGAUCAUUGCAAGUUCCAGUUAUCAAAUAUGUGGCUGAUGACUAUAGAGAGUCUUGUCUGCAUAAAAUAAUGGAAAUCCUUGGUCAUCCUAUUAAUAGGUUUACUGAAAAUAUCAAGAUUAAUAAUCAACUUAUAAAUUAUCCUUCACUAUCUGCACGUUGUUAUCAAAUACUCUACAGACUUUGUGUUGAUAACAACACUUCGGAUGCCACAUUGCUAUUUUUACGAAGUCAAAAAUUUAUUUCAAAUCAAUUUAGAAUAAUGCCUUUACAUAUUGUUCGACCUGAUUUGGAACCAAAAUGGGAUCUAGGAAUGAUAAUAAGACUUGACAAAUAUACAGUUGAAAUCGAUUGGGUUAGCCUUUGUGCAAAUCUUGAUGAACGAACUUGGUUGAUGAAAUUGGUCUCAUUAGAAUUACGUAAAGCUCAAACUCGUAGCGGUAUCCAAAAUUUGCUGUCCUUAAUAUAUGGUUCUGAAGUUAUCAAAUCGAAGGAUAAUAAUUCAAUGGAUUUAGAUUUUAACGGUCCUUCAAUUAUGAAAAUCCUUGAUAUAUUAAAUAUGUUGGAAUUUCAUUGGAAUGAUCCAUGGCGAAUGCAAGCUCCUCAACGACAAUAUUUUGGAAACUUUGAUAUUGAAACGUGGUUAUAUCGUAAUGAGAGAGGGAUAGAAUUAUAUCGCUUGCAAGAUAUCUUCUCUGAAUUAUAUCGAAUAUAUGAAUAUUUCCACAAGAGAGGAACACAAGGAGUUAUAUUUGAUGAUAAAAGUUUACGAAAUGAAAUGAAACAGAUCAUAAAGUUUUGUUUUUUCCACAAUCGUAAUCGCGAAUUUGUUUUUGCAAGGAAUGAAUGCUUUAAAGCUUGGAGAGAAGUUAUUGAAAUGACAGUUAUUAAUAAACAUUUCGAUCUAUUGAGAGUAGAAGUUCGGGAAUCUAAAUUUCAUUAUAUUCUAACGGGAUUAUUAACAGUUAUGAAGAACGAGAACGAUAUCAUUGCGGGAGUCCUUAGUAAGGUUGUUCUUGCCAUCAUCACCGCAUUGCGCUUAGAUCGCAGACAACAAUCGGUUUUAUAUCUGGCAAACCUUUCGAAGGUUCCAUUUGAACGACUUUACUCUAUAUUUAAAUUGAUCCUUGAUUGUCUCAUUGGGCCAGGAUUUCCACCAGGAGUUCGCAACAGCAUAUAUUGUAUAAUGUUUAGUUACUUGCAUUAUAUUGAUUCUGAUCCAGAUUUUAUGAUUGGAUCGAAUGAAUUUGCACGAAUGCUAUCUCCUGGAAAUUCAACGCCUAAAGCAGGACUAUUAUCACAAAAUAUAUCAGGAUCUUCUCCAAGAAGUCACAUGUCUUCAUUUUUAACUGUUUCAACUCGAGGUGGUGCUAGGUCUGCACUUGAUGGUGGUAAUCUUGAAGUGCUUCAUAGUAGUGGUGAUCGUAUACUCGAAAUUAUACGUUUAGACGCAUCUGAAGGGCCUGUAGAAGGAAAGCUUUGUGCUUUGAAUAUUCUAACUGCUUUAUGUAGUUUGGGAAAGCGUGAGAAAAGUAAUUUCAUCAUUGAUUAUAUUAUACGCUCUCAUUUUCUGGGCGCCAUGGUAAAGAGUUUAAAAAGUCAAAAUGAACUAUUAUUAAAGGCAAUAAAAUCAAGGCCUGAACAAUCUGCUUUGCAAGCAAAAUAUAUAUUUGAAUCUAGAGCAGUAUUGUUGAUUCGCCUAGCACAACGUCGUGAUUGCGCUCUUAAAUUGAUGGAAUCUGGAGUUUUUGAAUAUCUAGGCGAAUUAGCAUUUUUAGAUGAACGACCAAAAUUUAAUAAAACAAUGCAAGAUUCUGGCGAUAACCCCGAAUUUAAACGAUUUCAUGAACUUUUAAUCGUUAUAUUACGCCUCAUUGCUUGUAUUCUCACGAGCAUAGGACAUGAUAGUGGACAUGCUUUAAUAAAAGCGUCAAGUUUUAUAAGUGGGCAUCAAGGUUUGAUGUUAGAAAUAUUGACUGACAUUGCCCCAGUUGAUUUAUUAGCUUCUCCAAAUAUGGAGGUCAAAGAAAAUGCGAUGUUGAGUAUUGGAGUUGUGCAUGAAAUGUCUCGCAUAUUUUAUUUCUUGGGUGUUAAGUUAGAAGCUAUUGACAAACGUCGAGAAUCUCAUCAACGGACGUUCCAAGAAAUUCUAAAAGAAUUAAUGAUACAAUUCUUUCCAGUGCGGAAGCGUUUAGUACCGAUGACAACAGGAAAAGUAUCUGAUAAAGAAUCCGCGCAAGAACAAAUUGAAAAUAUUAAUCGAAACCUUUUAGGGUGGUACCAGAUAAUGACUGCGAGUACAAAAGGCGUUCAAGACUUUAGACCGAUCUUUACACCAAUUCUUGAUUACGCCAAAAGACCCGAUAAUGAUUACCGUGGUGAUCUCAAAAAACCGGAGCUCUCAAUAUGCGUAAAUUAUGCUCGCACUUCUACAGAUAUUUUGUUUCAUCACGUACAGAAUUCCGGGAGAAUAUUUUCUAAACUUGAAAAGGGAGAUAAUGUUGAAGAGAUUCGUAAUGAAGAAAUUGAUAAUUUACAAGAACAACUUAAUAAAACUUCAAAGUGUAUUACACAACAUUCAUAUGACGUUGAAAUCUCAUUACUUUUAAUAUGGCGGCAUCUUGAUCAUUAUAUCUCGAGUUCACAACCAAAUUCAAAUGUUAAUAAUCAAGGUAAAUCAGCUUUACAAAAAGACGCGAAAUUGGUUUUAACAGACAUAUUGGAGAAAUUGGAAUCUCUUGAGAAGUAUACGAUCGCAAAAUACAAGACAAGAAACGAAUAUAUACAAAUGAUACUUC